AUGCACCGUACGCCACAGGCAAAUCAAAAUCUGCCGGCACAUCAGCCACCUGUGAACGAUGACAUUGUGGUUGACGGUAUCGAAGAAGGUGCCCCGGCGCUGGGUCCAGAACAUCAGGAUCACCCUCCGAAUCCUGAAAAGGUCGCUAAAGAGACGGUGACUUACCAUCCCUUGAUUAAUGGCCUUCCAUGCGAUGGGCAAGGCAAUUUUCUACCUGAAGGCGCACCGCCUCCGCCCUGGGAGGAGCGUGCUGAUGACGACUUCAGCACUUUCAAGGAUGCUGCGGCGUUUGAGCUCGCCGACCUUCUUUUCCGACGAGACCAGAUGUCUGGCACCAACAUCAACGAUCUUCUUCAGAUCUGGGCAUCAACUCUUUCUCAGGAUGAGGAUCCCCCCUUCGCGAGCAAGAAUGAGAUGUACAAUGCCAUCGAUGACCUGGAUCUUGGCGGGGCACCAUGGAAAUGUUUCACUGUGAAGUACAACGGUGUGAUCGAAGAGGGUGAUGUGACCUCGUGGAAGCACAAAUCCUUUGAGGUCUGGUAUCGCGAUCCUCGGACAAUCAUGCAUAACCAGUUGGGAAACCGAGAGUAUGCCGAUGAAAUUGAUGUUGCUUCAAAGGAUGUGCGUGAUAAGGAUGGCCAGCGACGGUUUUCGGAUUUUAUGUCUGGAAAUUGGUCCUGGCGACAAUCAGACGAGAUAGCCAAGGACCCCAAAAAUCAUGGAUCAACUUUUUGCGCGACCAUCCUCGGAAGUGAUAAGACCACAGUCUCAGUCGGAACGGGCCACAACGAAUAUCACCCUGCGUAUAUAUCCAGUGGGCUCGUUCACAACAAUGUUCGACGUGGUCACCGAAAUGCAGUGACGCUUCUAGCCUUUCUUUCAAUUCCGAAAACUGAUAAGGAGCAUGAAGACAGCGCCGAGUUUCGGAAAUUUCGCCGUGCUCUCUUCCAUGGAUCACUCAAUCAAAUUCUCCAGCCUCUGCGGGAAUACAUGGAGACGCCUGAUAUUAUCCGUUAUGGCGAUGGAUAUUAUCGACGCACAAUCUACGGAAUUGGACCAUACAUCGCGGAUUACCCCGAGCAGGUUUUGUUGGCAUGUGUCGUGCAGGGUUGGUGCCCAAGAUGUGAUGCUAAAUGGGACAAUCUGGAUGACAACAUUGCGGGACGGCGCUCUCACGCACUAACAUGCUCUCUUGUUGAUGCGCUGGAUAAGAACUCGUUAUGGCAUGACUAUGGCAUCGUUAGCGACAUCAUGCCGUUUACCCAUGGCUUUCCUCGUGCAGAUAUUCACGAGCUGCUAUCACCAGACCUUCUCCACCAAAUCAUUAAAGGAACGUUCAAAGAUCACUUGGUGACUUGGGUUACAGCUUAUAUCAAUCUUGAGCACCCUCCCGCUGAGGCCAGACGGAUUCUUGCCGACAUUGACCGACGCAUUGCCGCGGCACCCUCAUUUCCCGGCCUUCGUCGUUUCCCUGAAGGCCGUGGAUUCAAGCAGUGGACGGGAGACGAUUCAAAAGCGCUUAUGAAGGUUUACCUUCCUGCCAUUGCGGGCCACGUUCCUCCGCAAAUGGUGCGCGCUGUAAGCUCCUUUAUGGAGUUUUGCUACCUCGUCCGCCGUAACGUCAUCACUGAGGGUGACAUUGUUGCCAUUGAUAAUGCUGUCGCCAAAUUUCACGUUGAGCGCAGCAUUUUUGACGAUGUUCGCCCUGAUGGGUAUUCACUACCCCGUCAACACUCACUUGUUCAUUACACAUUCCUUAUUCAAGAGUUCGGGGCACCGAACGGUCUUUGUUCAUCGAUAACCGAAUCAAAACACAUUAAGGCCGUUAAGGAACCAUGGCGAAGAUCGAGUCACUACGAAGCACUAGGGCAGAUGCUUGUGACGAAUCAACGUUUGGACAAGCUAGCUGCUGCCAGGGUUGACUUUCAAGCACGUGGUAUGCUUGACCAGCGAUUGGGACCACCGGACCUGCCACCAGAUCUGCCGGCCAACAAUCUUCAGGACGAGGAGGAUGACGAUGGAGGUGCGGUUGAUGGCGAUAUUGAUAGUGAGGUGAUUCUCGCACAGAUCCCCAUUCGAAAUCUUCCUCUCACGGUUCCAGGUCUCAGUGUUCAUCUCAAUAUCCCUCACCUUCCAAACCUUGUUCGCCGCUUCCUUUACGAACAACUGGUACAAGUUGACACAGACGUCGAGCUCGACGAUGUUCCACUGUCAGAUUGCCCUGUUCUUACCAACACCACGAAAAUCCGCAUUUUUCCUUCCGCGGUUGCCAUUUAUUAUGCCCCAAGUGACUUGUCUGGCACAAGGGGCAUGUUUCGUGAACGUAUUCGAGCUGUCGACUCUUGGCGGCGUGGUCCUGCGAGACAUGAUUGUGUUUUCGUUCAACAUGAUCCUGACAAACCAGGUUUCCGUGGGCUGUACGUCGCGCGGGUACGCCAUUUCUUUUCCAUUCGUCACAACAAAACCCACUUUCCAUGUGCAUUGGUCUCCUGGUAUUCAACUAUUGGUACCACGCCGUGCGCAGAUACUGGAAUGUGGAAGGUCGAGCCCGAUUUUGAUAAUCUGGGUAAUUCAGCUAUGUCGAUCAUUCAUCUCGACAGCAUGGUGCGCGGCGCACACCUCAUGGGUAUUGCAGGUACUACCCGAAUCCCUCACCACCUAACGUUCGACCGCAGCCUCGAUGCUUUCCAGGCAUUUUUUGUAAACAAAUAUAUAGACCACCAUGCACACGAGUAUGCCUUUUAA